AUCUCACACAGGAGCAGUGCCGUGUGGUGGCUGGGAAGAUCCCCUGUGCAGAUGCCCCAGGCCGAGCUGCUUGCUUCCAGGCUGGCUGCUGUUAUGAUGAGACUGACCCUACUACUCCCUGCUACUAUGGCAACACAGUCACUGUUCAGUGCCUCGUGGAUGGUCACUUUGUUCUGGUGGUCUCCAGGGACAUGUCUGAUCACCCCAUCAUCCUGGACAGUGUCCGGCUAGCUUAUGCCCAAACAGGGUGUGACCCCAUCAGGAUGACAGAGGCUUUUGUGAUCUUCCGCUUCCCCCUCAUGCAGUGCGGCACCACAAUCCAGGUGAUCCAUGACAAACUGAUCUAUGAGAACCAGCUGAUCUCUGGCAUCAACAUCCAGACUGGGCCAGAUGGCUCCAUCACCCGGGACAGCACCUUCAUCCUCCAUGCUCGCUGCAUCUACAAUGCCAGUGACUUCCUGCCAGUCCAGGUGGAAGUCUUCUUGCCCCCCACACCUGCUCCAGUCACCCAGGCAGGACCCCUCCGGCUUGAGCUGCGCAUCGCCACAGAUGUGAGCUACACAUCCUACCUCACGGAGAGAGACUACCCUGUGGUGAAGGUGCUCAGGGACCCUGUCUUCGUGGAGGUUCGCAUCCUGCAGAGAACAGACCCAUCCCUGGUUCUGGUUCUGCACCAAUGUUGGGCCACCCCAAGUGCUAGCCCCCUGCAACAGCCACAGUGGCCCAUCCUGGUGGACGGGUGCCCAUUCCUGGGAGACAACUACAGAACCCAGCUUGUGCCCAUGGUCCCUGCCUCAUCUGAGCUGCCCUUCCCAACCCAUCACCAGCGCUUUGUCCUCUCCACCUUUGCCUUUGUGGACUCUGCCUCCCAGGUGGUGCUUGAUGGACAGGUGUACAUUUACUGUAGCGCCUCCACUUGCUACCCCUCCCGGCUGGAGCCCUGCAGGACCAUGUGCCCAUCAGGUGCUGCUACAAGAGGCCGCCGGUUCCUGGAUAUCGACAAUGGGACAGGAGAGCCCCAGGACCUGGUGUGUUCUCCUGGCCCCAUGAUCUUUCAGGAGAGCCCUGAGCCAUGGAGAGAACAAGUCUAUGAGAACAUGGACCCUGUCUCCAGACUGGACCUGACCCUGGUGCUUCUGGCCAUGCUCUCACUGGUGGUUGUAGUUUCCCUCAUUACUGUGACACUCUUCCGUAGGAGAAGCAGCUGGAUGACAAGGUCCCAAAUAUUCCAUGGCAGAUCAUUGUAAAAUAAGGAGAAAAAAUAAAAUCUCUGGAUUGCACUAA